GAAUCAGUUGCCGUUUUGGGCUUGAAUCUGAUGGACGUAUAUUUUGUGACCUGGCAAUAUUUAUGUGGACUUUCAUUAAUGGAUUGAAAACGUGGAUAGAGAUCUUCACAAACUGGCAGAAACAGGAUAAAACUGUGAUGCAGUCGAGUAAUUGAACGCUCGCAAUUACUGAAACAAGAGAACAAUCGGCUAUUUUCCUAAUUGUUCUAAUUCGCGAAUUCUCACGGGACCAACUUGCUUAAUUCUGAUUGGUUAAAAUCGUCACAUGACUACCAGUGAAUGGCUGGGUCACAACAACGGCCCGGUUUAAGUGUAAAUACCCACCAGAAAACUGCAGAUAGACUGAGAGACGACCACAGAGUUGAAUCCCCUAGACAUCCCAAAGAUUCGACUAUGGCGCUGGAAAUUCCAAGUCUGAACAGCGCUGACCUCAACAACAUUGUUUUUAAACUGUUCAAGUACCCGACAUGUGGACAGCAGUUCCGAAGCCCGAUGACCACCUCGAUCGUCGUAGACAGCUCUGAUACAGAACUUAGCCCUGAGCCACGAACUCCCCAGUUCUCUUCGAGUGCAGGGCCCACGUUUCGAGAAAGUAAUAGAAACUUCGGCUUCACUUUUCCAAUCCCAGCUGCUCAGCCUCCACGAGGUCUGACAACAAAUGAUGCAAAAAUAACACCCUCAGUAUCAAAGACUGACCAGUCCCCACUGCCUCAAGCCACCACAGUGACCAACGGCCAUCUUCACGGCAGUACAUAUGUGUUAGAAGGGCAGAGCCAAGCUGAUGUGGGCACAGAGGCCAACGUCCAGUUUCCUGUUCAGUUGGGGACGAGAUCGGCCGAGAGUCCAGUAGGACUUCAGACAUUCCUUCUCACCUCCUCUGCUGUCAAAGAGCCAUCUCCUGAACCCUCGUACCCAACCAACAUACCAACUACAGUAUUAGAAUCAGCUCAACUUAGCAAUGGACGCUACCCACAACCUAAUCCUCAAGAUAUGCCUAAAGUGCUGGUUAGGGGGGAGGACGGCAAGACGACUUCAUUUAUCAGAUUCCUGAAUGACCCAAUCCCCUUGCCAAAUGAAAUGGAGUACAAGUUGCUGAACAUAGAAGGAUACAGGCCGUCAGAGGAGUCCGUCCAGCAUGAGACAGAUGCUCCUAUUGAUAAUAAAGUCAUCGCAGAUAUUAACGCCAUACAGAGAAUGGAAGAGGAACCAGUGUUACCUGGUGAAGCUUCUGAAAUUGACCCAGCAACGUACCAAACUGUUCAGUACAUCCAGUAUGAAGCUGAUACAAAUGUAAAUCGACAGGUGGUAUAUGUUGAACUGCCAAACUGUCAGGUUGUUGGAGUUGAUUCCCACGAAGUACAAGAUCAAACGCAGGUAAAUGAACAGUUGAUGUAUGAAGAAAUACCAAACGAUUGUCAAGAGGCGAUGGAGGUUGCUGCCUACCAGUCGGUUGAUGAAGCCCAGAACGCCAGUGACGUCCUCACGUACACGGAACUGACCCCCCGGACGCAACCUCCUCCCCCAGAUCACACCCAGCAGGAGGACCUGCAAGAACAGGAUGAGGAAUCCCAGGAAUCUAAAGAGGCCUUAACUCAGAGGUUCGGUGAAAAGUACCACAAUGCUUCUGAUGAGGCGAAACGAGCAUUUGCAUCUGCCGUCAAGGAAAAUUCCAUGAGACCACUUUUAAAGAUGGAACUGAAGCAUAAGAUUCAACUGAAGCGGCUACAAGAAGGGAAGGGAGAGUUGAAAGUGACCUUUGAGGACAGACCGAUCGGCGAGCCAACUGAAGAAGAGAAGGUAAAAUCCAACACGCGGAAACAAAAGAACCGAGAGAGCGCUGUCAGGAGUCGCAAGAAGAGAGAGGAACACCUAAAAAUUCUUGAGAAGACGGUGAAAGAGUUAGAUCGUGAAAACAAAGAGCUGAGUAGAGAAAUCGUCCAGUUGAGGACCUCCAUUGCAGACGAUCUGCAGCAGGUUGCUUGUAUAGGAUGCAAUUGUUUUACCACGAAUACGAAUGCUGCCGACGUUGUCGCGGCAAGGGAUGCGUCGACGAAGUCGCUCCAGGAAGCUAUUAGAGAUGUCCUUGCCUCGGAACAAUAUAAAUACACGUGAUAACGCCGAAAUGUGAAUCAUUCAGUCUGGAAACAUUGAACAUAUCAACGCCUGGAUAUCAGGUCAUGUUGUAGGAGAAUACUACCGCAUACAGAGGCUUUGAUAUCGGGUGUUGCGACACCAAGGACAUUAUCAUUGCAAAUAUGUUGUAGGAGAAUACAACUGCAUACAAGGCCUGGUAUCGGGUCCAGUUUGGACUUGAUCGGCGAUUGGACUGUGUGGACACUUUGUGACUGUGACUACUGUGUGUGACAGUGUGACUGGGAGAGUACGUGACUGUGUGUAUGUGACACCAUAUGCGUGGUAGCAAAUGGUGAAAAUGACAUUGGACUCAUUUUAACAGCAUAACGCGUCAUUAUUAUGUGGAGCUGCGAUGUUAAUGUAACGAACACCUGGUGUUUUACGUGUACAGAAUAUCACACAACAAUGCUGAUUUGUUUUGUUUAUUAAUAUAUGAAUAAAUUAUUGGAUAACUU